AUGCCGGAGCUGUGCCAGUAUCGGGAGAGAGCCCUCAUGGCACCCUCCUUAGAAGACGCUUUCUUCAUUCCUCAACCAUGUUUUUCUCCUUUUUCCUUCUUGUGUGGCACAGGGGCCAUCACCUGCUCCUCUACCCAGUUCCAGUGUGGGAACGGCAGAUGCAUUACAUCCCGCUGGGUAUGCGACGGCUCACUCGACUGUGCUGAUGGAACGGAUGAGCUGCCAGCCGCCUGCCAGAACAAGACAUGCUCCCCAACUGAGUUCCAUUGUGGUGGGCGCCUGAAUCAGUGUGUGCCGUCUGCUUGGCGUUGCGAUGGGAAGAGUGACUGUGAGAGCGGUGCUGACGAGGAGGGAUGUGCUCCAAGGACGUGCUCCGAUGGCGAGUUCGCCUGUCGCAGUGGCCAGUGUGUGGCGCAGACCUUCGUGUGCGACCGGGAAGACGACUGUGCGGAUGGUAGUGAUGAGGCUUCCUGUCCAGCGCCCACCUGCCGCCCCGGCGGCUUCCAGUGCAACGACACCAGGUGUGUGCCAGGGCUGUGGGCGUGCGACGGAGACGCUGACUGCCUGGACGGGUCAGACGAGUGGCCGCAGAACUGCCCUGGCAGGGGGACCCAGCUGCCCACCAAGGCACCCUGCUCAGCACGGGAGUUCCACUGUGGCAGUGGAGAGUGCAUCCAUGGUGGUUGGAGGUGCGACGGCGGGAACGACUGCGAUGACGGCUCUGAUGAGGUCAACUGCAGUAAGUAUCAUAUUUCUCAUCUUCUCAUCUCUACAAUGUGA